AUGGCCGAAAGUUUCGGUGUUCGUGACUUUUGCUCACCAUUAUCGCUAUUUUGGGAAUCCAAUUAUUCUACCCCAUGGCCCGAUUUUACGCUAUGCUUCCAAGAUUUUGUUAUUUUAAAUAUACCUGCCGUCUUCUUGAUCCUUAUUUCGCUGCUGCAUAUACCAAGUUUGAUCAAAUCCCCUGAGUUUCAUCCAAAGUUUGGCAAAAAAAUAAAGUCAUCGCUAUAUCACUUUAAGCUGUAUUGCUCUGCGGCAUUGAUUAUACCACCUAUGGUGGAUUUACUAUACACACUUACCGACGUCCAAGUACGACCCGUAGCUGGUGUUUUAAUGGUGACACCCUGUCUGACAUGGAUUGCUAUGGUCUUAUCUACAGCAACCAUGAGAUUAGAGUGGAGUAGGGGCAUCUUUUCAUCUAGUGUAUUAUUUUUAUACUGGCUAUUGAUGUCUAUCGCGUACACCAUUAAAAUGCGAACACUAAUUUCGUAUCAAGUAAUUAUGAAUGUUAUGCCAGAAGGUUUUCUUCGAUACAUAACUUGUUGUAUAGUGUUCGGCGGAAGUGUUGUGAUGCUAGUACAAACUAUAUGGGUUGAUCGUUCCUACAAGAAGGAACAAAUUGACUGCAAGGAAGAUGAUUUGGAGCCAAAUCCUGAGUCACGGGCGUCAUUUCUUUCUAAAAUAAGUUUUUGGUGGCUUAAUGGACUAAUAAUUAAAGGAUAUAAACAUCCUUUAACCGAUCAAGAUUUAUGGGAUUUAAAUGAAGUCGAUAAAUGUAGUAACAUUGGAAAUCGCUUUCGAUAUUACUGGACAAGAGAAUUAGCUAAAAUUAGUAGUGCAAAUAAAGAUGGUGUUACGAUAACCACCGCCAAAAAUCCUUCCCUAGUGCUAGCUUUUGGCCGCACAUUUGGUUCGACAUUUAUCUUUGCUGGUGUUUUAAAGGUUACGCAAGAUACGCUAAGUUUCGUUGCUCCACAAAUUUUAAGGGCCUUGAUUGCCUUUACGGCUGAUGCUAGCCAACCAAUGUGGCAGGGCUUCGCUUACGCCUUUAUGAUGUUUGCAAUAACUUUUAUACAAUCCUGUACAAAUCAUCAAUUCUAUCAUCGAUGUUUUGUUACUAGUAUUAGACUAAAAUCAACGAUUAUCUGGGCAGUUUAUAGAAAGUCGUUAGUGCUAUCUAAUUCAUCAAGAAAGAGCUCAGCAACUGGAGAAAUUAUAAAUUUGGUAUCUGUAGAUGCUCAAAAACUAUCUGAGGCGGUUUUAUACCUUCAUAUGGUAUGGGCUGCACCGAUACAAAUCUCGCUAGCUACGUAUUUCUUAUGGCAAGAACUUGGACCUUCAGUUAUGGCUGGUCUUGGUGUUUUGAUUUUGCUCGUGCCUAUUAAUGCGUAUAUUUCUACGAAACAAAGAGAUUUUCAGGCUAGACAAAUGAAGUUUAAAGAUACGAGAACCAAGCUAAUGAACGAAGUCUUGAAUGGUAUAAAGGUCUUGAAAUUAUAUGCUUGGGAAAAAUCAUUCAUCAAGAAAGUUUUGGAUAUUAGAAAAUUAGAACUUAGACAAUUAUUUAUUAGCAGCGUACUACAUUCUGCUGUUUAUUUUACUUGGGCUAAUGCACCAUUUCUGGUCGCUUUAGCCACCUUCACAACGUACGUCUUAUCUGGCAAUACACUUACUGCAUCAAAAGCAUUCGUGUCCAUUUCCUUAUUCAACGUUCUUAGCUACCCUAUCACAACUUUACCGGCUUCUAUUGCAGUUAUUAUUCAAGCUUCUGUCUCAUUGAAACGCUUGUCUGACUUCUUAAAACUUCAUGAAAUGGACGAAAGCAACGUAAAUCGUUCGAUGCCUCCUAAAUUUGAUAGGUCUUCCGUCGUAAUUGAGAAGGGCAAUUUUAAAUGGGGAGCUGACGAAAAGGAAACCAUCUUGCACAACGUCGAUUUUGAAGUGCCAACCGGUUCUCUAGUGGCAGUUGUUGGUCACGUUGGCGGAGGUAAGUCAUCACUUCUGUCUGCAAUCCUUGGUGAAAUGGAUAAAGUAGCAGGCGAUGUUUACGUCAAGGGAUCGAUUGCUUACGUACCACAGCAAGCUUGGAUGCAAAAUGGAACAAUCGAGGAAAACAUUUUAUUCGGUCAAGAUCAACUGGUUGCAAGAUACAAUAAAACUAUUGAAGCAUGUGCACUAAUACCAGAUCUAGAGAUCUUGCCAGGUGGAGAUCAAUGUGAGAUUGGUGAAAAGGGCAUAAAUUUAAGUGGUGGUCAAAAGCAACGAAUUAGUGUAGCUCGUGCAGUUUAUUCAAAUAGCGAUAUAUACAUGUUUGAUGAUCCUUUAAGCGCUGUCGACGCUCAUACAAGAAUACUCGUGACUCAUGGCCUUAAUUUUCUGCCUUCUGUUGAUAAGAUUAUUGUGGUAGAAGAAGGAAAAAUAACUGAAACGGGUACAUUUGAUGAAUUAUUAGCACGUCAAGGUUCAUUUUCUGAAUUUUUUAUAACUUAUGCUAACACGAAAAUGAAUAGACCCCAAGAAGAAUUGGAUAUAAAUGAAGAAAUUGAGAUUGAUGAAAUACCACAAUUAACUGAUGAGCUUCUUCAACGUUUGAAGUCCACUACAUCUCAACUGGAUAGAAGUUCCUUUUCUGGUUCUACAGAGGGAUUAGAUUUGAGCAAGAUGUCAUCAGUGCGACAAGAAAGUAAGUUAUAUGAAAGGGGUUUAUCGACAAUAAGUCAACGCCAGGACAAGGUUACGACUACAGAAGACGAUCAUAAUUUGAUUUUAAAGCAAAUUGAAGCUAUUGAAGAAAAGAAAAAAUUAAUUCAAGAAGAGAAAACUGCUGUUGGUCGAGUGAAAUUUGCAGUUUUUCUUCAUUACAUGAAGUCUCUCGGCAGGAUAUCAGCUAUAGUAAUAAUUCUUAGCAAGAUUGUUAUUGAAGGUUGUUCUGUUGGUGCUAAUGUCUGGUUGGCUGAAUGGAGUAGCAUCACAAAUUCUACGGAUUCUACUCGAAAUCUUUAUCUUGGUAUUUAUGGUGCAUUUGGUGCUAGUAAAGUGUUCAUUUCUCUAUUAAACAGUCUUCUAUUAGCUUAUGCAGCAGUUCAUGCUGGAGGUGUUCUGCAUUCGGCAUUGUUACAAAACGUUUUAAGGUUACCUAUGUCAUUCUUCGAGACUAAUCCAACAGGAAGAAUUAUCAAUCGGUUUUCUACCGAUAUAUUUAUAAUUGAUGAAGUAAUCCCUCUCAUGUUAAUUUACUGUAUUGGAAUCUCAUGUACCAUUGUUGGUAUUCUCCUCGUCAUAUGUAUAUCUACACCUUUAUUUAUCGUUGUCGUUUUACCACUUGGCAUUAUCUACUUUUUUACGCAGCCUAAGAUAAACUUACUAAACGUUUCUAUUUUGGCUAAAAUCUAUUCUUUCUUCUGCUAUAUUAAGCGAUUCUAUAUUGCAACAUCACGUCAACUGAAACGUCUAGACUCUAAAAGACGUUCACCAAUAUACUCGCACCUCGGAGAGACUCUCGAAGGUACUACUACAAUUCGCGGCUAUGGUGCUAAGGAUCGGUUUUGUAUCAUUAAUGAUAAAAAAGUUGAUCUCAAUGCCAUGGCUUACUAUCCAAACAUGGCUUCUAAUAGAUGGUUAGCUAUCAGACUGGAAUUUAUCGGCAAUUGCGUAGUGUUGUUUUCUGCUAUCUUUGCAAUUAUCGGGAGAAACAGCUUACCAGCAGCGAUUGUUGGUUUGUCUGUUUCAUAUGCCAUGCAAAUCACUGAAACAUUAAAUUGGAUGGUUCGCAUGAGUAGCGAACUUGAAAGUAAUAUAGUUUCCGUUGAACGGAUAAAAGAAUAUACUGAAAUCCCCACCGAGGCCUCGUGGGAUGUAUCAGAAAUUAAACUUGAUUCUGAGUGGCCUCCUAAAGGUGACAUUCAAUUUAUUAACUAUAAAACACGCUAUCGUGACGGUUUAGAUCUGGUACUGAAAGGGAUAAAUUGCAAUAUUAGUGCCAGUGAAAAGAUUGGUAUCAUUGGCCGAACAGGUGCUGGCAAAUCUUCUCUUACCUUGGCAUUAUUCAGAAUAAUUGAAGCUGCUGAUGGAAUUAUUAUGGUCGAUAACGUCGAUAUCUCUAAGAUUGGAUUGCAUUAUCUUCGUUCUCGAAUUACUAUCAUACCGCAGGACCCAGUUUUAUUUGCUGGUAGUUUAAGAAUGAAUCUGGAUCCUUUCGACGAAUACAAUGAUAAUGAUAUUUGGGGAGCUCUAGAAAAUGCUCAUUUGAAGAAUUUUGUCAUUUCAUUAGAAGAUAAUUUGAAGCACACAAUUAGUGAGGGUGGUAAAAACCUUAGUGUUGGUCAGCGUCAAUUGAUAUGCUUGGCUCGUGCUCUUCUACGCAAAACUAAAAUAUUGGUAUUAGAUGAGGCGACCGCUGCUGUUGAUGCGGAAACUGACGAAUUAAUUCAAACAACUAUUCGACGAGAAUUUAUAGACUGUACAAUCCUCACUAUCGCACAUCGUAUUAAUACUAUCAUGGACAGUACAAGAGUUAUGGUGCUAGACCAAGGUCAAAUAGCUGAAUUUGAUCCUCCAGCUGCUUUAUUAGCACGCAAAGACAGCGUAUUUUAUUCUAUGGCUAAAGACGCAAAUUUAAUUUAA